CUUAACUCAUAACUUGCAGGGGAAUAUUUCAGAAGCUUUUAGUGCAAUUCAGGAAGCCACAAGAGGAAGAUAUGAGGAUUACAGAACAUGGGAAAACUACCUGCAUCUUGCCUUGCAAUUUGGUAAAGAUCCUUUGCAGGUUUUGUUGGCCAUUGGUCGGUUGAAUGAAAUAAGAGCAGGAUCUGUUAAUUGGAACAUAUUUGACAUGGUCUGGAACACAUUAAGGCCUAUCUCUUGCGAUGAAACGGGAAAAUGUUGCCUGAAAUUCAUGACCUGGAUUGAAGAAGCAGAACCCGACUUUGGAAACGAAGCUAGCUAUUGGAGGAGACGGGCUUUGAUGAUAUCUAGGCUGUCAUCUUUAGCUUCUGAAGCAGAAUACCAUCUUAAGGCUUCUGAAUGGGAAUGUUGGCUCAAGGCAUACCAAAUAAGUUCAUCAUCCACAACAUACUCGGUGCUUCCACAAGUAGAGGCAAUUGUGGCUUUGUUACAAGACAUGUCCAACUGUGCAGAAUUAAAUAUACCCCAGUUUUCAUCUAUCUUGCGAACAGCAUCUUCAAGAAUUAAGAAACUCUACUCGCCACAUGAUGCUUGCGUAGUGCAAAUUUUAGCAGAUCUUGAAAAAAUUGCUCUUACACUUGACAUUGCUCUGUGA